GGCGGUGCCUCCUUCCGGUGUCCUUCCCGGCGGGGGCGGCGGCGCGGCCAUGGCGCAGAACCUGAAGGACCUGGCGGGGCGGCUGCCGGCCGGGCCCCGCGGCGUCGGCACCGCGCUCAAGCUGCUGCUGGGCGCCGGCGCCCUGGCCUACGGUGUGCGCGAGUCCGUGUUCAUCGUGGAGGGCGGCCAGCGCGCCAUCUUCUUCAACCGCAUCGGCGGCGUGCAGCAGGACACCAUCCUGGCCGAGGGGCUGCACUUCAGGAUCCCCUGGUUCCAGUACCCCAUCAUCUACGACAUCCGAGCCCGCCCGCGGAAAAUCUCCUCCCCCACCGGCUCCAAAGACCUGCAGAUGGUGAACAUCUCCCUGCGGGUGCUGACCCGCCCCAACGCGGCCGAGCUGCCCAGCAUGUACCAGCGCCUGGGGCUGGACUACGAGGAGCGGGUCCUGCCCUCCAUCGUCAACGAGGUGCUCAAGAGCGUGGUGGCCAAGUUCAACGCCUCCCAGCUCAUCACACAGAGGGCACAGGUGUCCCUGCUCAUUAGGCGAGAACUGACAGAGAGAGCCAAGGAUUUCAGCCUCAUCCUGGAUGAUGUGGCUAUCACAGAGCUUAGUUUCAGUCGUGAAUACACAGCAGCUGUGGAGGCUAAGCAAGUGGCCCAGCAGGAGGCACAGCGCGCCCAGUUCCUGGUGGAGAAGGCCAAGCAGGAGCAGAAGCAGAAGAUAGUUCAGGCUGAGGGGGAAGCAACGGCUGCCAAGAUGCUUGGUGAAGCUCUCAGCAGGAAUCCAGGCUACAUCAAGCUACGUAAGAUCCGAGCUGCUCAAAACAUCUCAAAAACGAUUGCUGCCUCACAAAACCGCGUGUAUCUCACAGCAGAUAACUUGGUACUGAACCUGCAGGAUGAAGGCUUCACCAGAGGAAGGUAAGGCUCUUUAUGUUUUGAUCAUUUUGUUAGUACUUGGAAUAAGGGUGUUGCUGUUUACCCUGGUGCCUGGGAUAUUUUUGGCUUGGGCCUUUUUGGCCCCAGGAAGUUUAUUCCAUCUCUAUUUCAAUUCCUGUUCGUGAUGUGAAGCUUGAAGCUUUCCUUACAGGGGCCAAACAAACAUCUACAUCAAGUAGGAGAUACUCAGUAAUCGGAGCUCCAUGUGUGUCCCAUAAGGAACCUUGCUUGGCAAACGCAGGAGCAACUGAGGACCGUUCCCUGAUCUGUCACACCUCUACAGGACAUCCUGUGUUUGUGGCAAAGAGAGCUGUAAGAAGGCAGGCAGAUGAUCAUAGGAAUUUUUGUUAGCUUGGGGUAAUGUUCUCUAGGAAGGAUGCUCUUGUUACUUUCCAAAAGCUUUCCAGUCCAUGCUAGAAAUCUCCAUUUCCUGCUUUCAGAGCUGGCAGGAAUUUGGUGGCUUUGCCUAAUCUGUCCAGUGUUUAGUGAAAAAGACAGUGCCAGCUGAGCUAAAAUAAGAUGCAACUAAAAGCUUAGAUUUCUUAGAAUCGAGAAGGAAACCAGAGCUGUUUUUUUCUCUGUGGGAUCUCUGAGAAGAUCCUUUGUCAUCACCUCUGACCAGAUUCUGUCUUACUCAUUCCAGAAGGCUUAAGGGGUUUUGAAAAAAAAUACCUAAUAGGAAGGACUUGGAAGUCCAGAUCCUUUGGGUGCGACACCCCAUACCCUAAAAUCUGUAGUGAGGGGCUGGUUCAGCUUUGCUUGUGCUUUCUGGACUAAUGACUCCUGUCUGUCUCUCUUUCAGUGACAGUCUCCUACUCAAAGGAAAGAAAUGAAAAGCUCAAGACUCCUAGAACCAGUGUUGCUGGCCAGCAGAAGAUAAGAGUGAGGAUCUUUGAACUCCCUCCACUAGCAUUGUUUGCCCUCACUUUGAAGUUUUUAAUCCAAUAGCCAGAUUUGGUCCCCGUGCCCCUGCUCCAUCUGUGGUGAUCAGUUACAGGAAUGGGCUUUGCCUGUAGGCAGCUGUAAUUCCUUCCUCACCCCACCAGUUAUGUUUGGAGAGGAGACAUGGGACUGGUAUUAACCCAUGUGGAUAUAGUAAUUUGCCUCUAAUCUUCAUUAAUCUUUAGAUUUCUGUAGGAUAUCGGAAUUCUUUUUUGGUCAAGGUGAGGGAGUUCUGCUGCCAAUCAGCACCAGGCUUUUUUUUGUAGUAAAUUUUGUUUCACUCUUGAUCCCAAGAGAACCUGGGACUGAAUUCAGGAAAAUACCAUUCAUUGGGUGCCUGUCACUGCUGGAGUAUCUAUUUGUGUCACUGCCUGUCAGUGAUGCUUUCAAACAUUUGUAAAAAUUAAAAGAAAAACAAAUUUA